UUAGGUUCAUAAGAUAAUUUCUGGAAGCGUCACGGACAAAGAUGGAAGAAUACGACGCGGGGAUCGCAUUCUUGCCGUUAAUGGCAUUAAACUCGAGAACAUGACGUCAUCGGAAGUGCGUCAUAUCCUCAUGAAUCCGGGACCUCAGUUACGUCUCGUAAUCCAACGGCGAAAGGGUAGCAAUGACAACGGUAGCAUACUGCCGUUCGACAGUAAAGCGAAUUCACCUCCUUCACCAACAGCUAAAAGCUGGACAACGAAGUUUCCAACAGCUGACCAGUCGAUGGCUAGCGUUUCGUAUGGAAAGCCGAUAGAAGUGCGCCUCAUUAAAGGAUGCACUGGCCUUGGAAUUUUAUUGGACGGUGGAAAAAAUUCGCCGCUCGGGGACCGCCCACUGACCAUCAAACGAAUGUUUGCCGCUGGGGCUGCUGAAAAAUCCCAUAGAAUCCACGUUGGAGACCAGGUGACGGCAAUCAACGACGUAAAUUUCGAAAACCACACUCGUCUCGAAGCGUGGACUUAUCUAAGAAGCCUGCCGGACGGCGAGGUGGUGCUGACCAUAUUGCCAAAGCUUUGA